AUGUCUGCAUCCUAUGCGGACCAUGAGAUAAUCAACCUUUACAUCCAAAAAGUCAAGCGUGGAUGCAAGGAGGAUAAGGUGGAUCAUAUGUGGACACAGAUCCUGCGCUUUUAUUUCCCCCUCCAGCAAGGCUACGGCCUUGAACGUGAACCCUACACAUCUGAAACCACACAAGCUCGCGCUAAUAUCGUGGUUACCAAUGUCCGAGAGAACAGCAUCAACAAAGUGUUGUUCGUUGAGUGCAAAGCUCUAAAAUAUAAGAAUGCAACCCUCACCAAGUGGGGACAGACGAAGGUCCAGCUGGAGAACAACAUGAGGAACUGGAGUGGUCGCCAGCCCAAUAGCCCUCUUUAUGCCAUUACAGUCAUUGGGCGCCAAGCCCGUUUCUUUACAAUGGCUGCAGGGUCUACCAACCUAGUGGACUUUGGAGCUGAGGAUGAGAUUCUAUCGGUCAAGGAUGACGCCGUCAGAGUUCAGCAGCUAUUGUUGAGAAUGGAGGCGCUUGUAUCCCAAAAUAUGUAG